AGGCAACCAACCAUGUCCCUUGCGACAAAGGGGCUGCCCUCGUGUAGAUCUGCUGCGCUGACAGCAACCGACAACCUCGUCGCCUCCGCCCGCAUGACCACCCGAGCACGAUGCUGCUCCGAUCGAAGCAGCUGUGGCGCUGGAUACGGGUAGCAGUGCUGCUCGGCGUCUUCUGGGUGGUGCUCAACGUCGCGUACGACGACGGCGACGCGCUCUCGCCGGCCGCGCGCUGGGGCGCCCGCGACGCCGACGAUGGCCCCGACAUCUGCCGCCCGCACGGGUGGAAGCGCUUCCGGCCCCGGCCCGGCGACCGACCGCGCAAGGUGUACGACCUGCUGAUGGUCAACUCGGAGCUCGACAUGCUCGAGGUGCGCCUCAACAGCACCUUCGACGCCGUCGACUACUUCGUGCUGGUCGAGAGCCGCAAGACCUUCACGAGCCUCGACAAGCCGCUGACGCUGCGCGACAACCUCGCCCGGUUCCGCCCCUACCACGCCAAGAUCAUCUACCACGAGCUCGAGCUCCCGCCGGGCUUCUCGCCGCGCCGCACCUGGGACAUGGAGGAUCUGCAGCGCAACGCGAUGCUGACCCAGGUCUUCCCGCGCCUGCGCGGCGACCAGGCGCCGCAGCUCGGCGACGUGCUGGUCGUCUCGGACGUGGACGAGAUCCCGCGGCCGUCGACGUUGGCGCUGCUGCGCGCUUGCCGCUUCCCGCGGCGCCUGACCCUGCGCAGCCGCUUCUACUACUACAGCUUCCAGUGGCUGCGGCGCGGCGAGGAGUGGCCCCACCCGCAGGCGACGUACUACCAGGGCGCGCGGCGCACGCUGCUGCCCAACAGUCUGCGCAUCGCCGACGGCGGCAUGUGGCCCUUCCGCGAGUGGGAGAAGGGCGAGCUCGCCAACGCCAGCUGGCACUGCUCGUCCUGCUUCGAGACCGUCGACGAGCUGCUCGGCAAGAUGGCCUCGUUCUCGCACACCAGCAUGAAUGCCGAACGGUUCCGGGAUCGCCAGUGGAUCGUGGAGAGAGUGCGGAACGGGAAGGACGUGUGGGACCGCGAGUCCGAGCAGUUCGACCGCGUGGAGGACAAUCAGGAUCUUCCGAGUUUCUUGCUGGAGAAUAGAGAGAGGUUUGGGUAUAUGCUCAAUCGCGACGGUCCGACGGCUGGUUUCAAGGACAUAGAGGGAUAGAAGGGCUCUGGCGUUUUGGAACGUGGAGUUAGGGAGGUGCAUGAACUAUUUACAGAGCCAUGCGUCGCUGUGUCGCGUUGAACAGACCCGCGUUUGCGAUCCAACGAUUUGGCCCAACGCCGGGUACCUAGGGUGGCACAC